UUGUAUAAAAUGGCGUCAGCCGAGUUUUUAGAGCAAGCUUUGUCUACAGACGUUGAUGAGAACGCAGUGAACGCGAUUGUGGGCUCCCUUGAAAAUCAGCUAGUUACAUCUGUUUCGGCCCCGUCUUCACAUAGUAAUAUUUUAAACGGUGUUCAAAGUCAGCUUUCUAAUAUAGUAUCGGGAGGAAAUUCUAUUAUCGGUGUACAAAAAUAUAACACGGACCAAAUCAGUGGCAGUGGUGUAGUGACUGGAAUCCAAUCUGCGAUUGUAAACAGCAGUGGCUCGUACAACAAUGUGCAAUGUGUCCCGUCUUCAUACGUGUCUCAAACGCUAACGUCUAAUUCGGGGGAAUCGUUGAAAGUGAUAUAUUCGCAGACUCAGGGUUUGUGUAACCCCAGCAACCGUGUGACGUUUCCCGCUCAGUCUAUCGCCAACGGUUGUAUAUUGGCAUCUGGUCAGGCGCAGCUGGUCCAGUCAGUAAACAAGGGUGUUGCUAUGCAGCCACCUUUAGUGAUUAAGCCAGGGUCGUCGGGCGGUCAAGUCAGUAUGCAGCCUGGAAUGGUAACAGUCCCCAUGUCUGUCAACUCCAGCAUGCCUGGCGCGAUCUCCAACGUGAUGACAUUAAACAAGCCAGGAGGGCAGAAUGUCGUAGUGACAACCCAGAACCUGGGAUCAGCUCAGCCCACCAUCAUGCCUAAUGUGCAGAUACUGAAUAUGAGGCCUGGUGCCCCUAAUGUAGCAGCUCAAAAGUCUGUGGCAACAGUGUCACCGCGUGUGGUGAUUGGUGCUCCGCAAGUGGUCGGUGCGAGGGCCGCUGCUCCUGGUAUAACGCUGCAAACCCUGCAAAGUCUACAACCGGGGCAGCAGGGUCAUUUGUUGUUAAAGACUGAGACGGGUCAGUACCAGCUUCUGAGGGUGGGCCCAGCGCCCGCGCCCAACUCGCUCGCGGCGCCGCAGGCUCAGACCAUCCGGCUGUCGACCGUGCCGGCACACCCGGGCGUAGCGACGGUGUCGACGAGCAUGGCGCAGCCGGGGCCGAUGCCGCAGAUGCCGCAGGGGCCGGUGGCGACGCCCGUCGUGGCCCCGGCGCCCGUCAACGUGGCAGGCGCCGCGCCGCAGCCGCCUACCGUCACCACACAAAAACCAAACGAUAACACCAAGGAGAAGUGUAGGAACUUUCUCGCGAACCUGCUGGAUUUGUCGAGCAAGGAGCCCAAGUCGGUGGAGGAGAACGUGCGGAAUCUCAUCCAGGAGCUGAUCGACGCUCAAGUGGAGCCCGAGAAGUUCUGCGACAGACUCGAAAGACUGCUCAAUGCUAGUCCACAGCCGUGCCUCAUCGGCUUCCUAAAGAGAAGUCUACCACUACUUAGACAAUCCUUAGUCACAAAAGAAUUGGUGAUUGAGGGGAUCAAUCCACCGCCAGCUCACGUGGCCUUCUCCACGAUCCCUUCCCUGCCCACGCCACCGCAACCGGUCCUUGCAACGCCCAACGUCAUGCAACAAAAGCCCGCGCCAAAGCCGGGGAGUUCGAUCGCGGUCCUUCAAAACAUCCCAGUGCAGACGAAAAUCAACGUCGGCAAAGUCGGCAAGUCCAUGACCGUCAACAGCAAGGCAAACUUCGCGCGCUCCGGGGUCCCGUCCGCUGCCCUCUCCACCGUCCUCACUCCUGGGAAAUCCCUUCUCAAGGACAAGGAAAAGAAAAUGCAGUAUUCUUCGCAGCCUUUCGCCGACGACAAGAUGGCCGGCGAUGACGACAUCAACGACGUGGCUGCUAUGGGAGGGGUCAACUUGGCCGAGGAGUCGCAAAGGAUUCUGGGCUCCACGGAGCUCAUCGGCACCCAGAUUAGGUCGUGCAAGGACGAGUACCUGGUGCCGACGGGCCCGCUGCACGCGCGGCUUCGGGCGGCGGCGGCGCGGCACGGGCUGGACGAGCCGGCGUUGGAGCUGGCCGGGCUGCUGAGCCACGCCGUGCACGAGCGCCUCAAGAACUUGGCGGAGAAGCUCGCCGUCAUCGCGCAGCACAGGAUCGAUCUCUACAUCAAGUCUGAUUCCCGGUACGAAGUGACUCAGGACGUGAAAGGGCAACUCAAGUUCCUUGAGGAGUUGGACCGCGUGGACAAGAAGCGACGAGAGGAUUCCGAAAGGGAGAUCCUGCUUCGCGCUGCCAAGUCCCGCUCCAAGAACGAGGAUCCCGAGCAGGCUAAGCUGAAGGCAAAGGCUAAGGAGAUGCAGCGAGCAGAACUUGAAGAGCUUCGGCAGCGUGAGGCGAACCUGACAGCGCUGCAAGCCAUCGGGCCUCGCAAGAAGCCCCGCCUGGACGGCCCCGGGGGCGCCGGCGACUCCGGUGCCAGUGCGCACGGCAGCGGAGGCAUCACGGGCCGAAGCCAGCUCGCGCUGCGGACUCGCCUCAAGCGCAUCAACCACCGCGACAUGAUAUUCCUGCUGGAACAGGAGAGGGACACCGCCCACUCGACCAUGCUGUACCGCAGCUACCUCAAGUGAGGCCCGGUAGCACGGCGCUCGCGGCACCCGGCCAAGGGCGGCAAGCCUAAGUGAUUGAACACGUGCUAUAACUGUGAAAAGUGAUCUAAGUAACCAAUUAAACAUUGUGAUUGAACAGAAUGUGAGUAAGUGAACAGGAUUUCAUGAUAUAUUUAUGAAGAGAACAGAUUGUAUAUUAUAUAUAUUUUUCAAUAUUUUAGUUAUUUAGGAAAUAUGUACACAAUAGGCAGUGUUAUUGUAUAUAAAUAACAAUAUUUUUCAAUAUUUUAGUUGUAUUUAGCAAAUAUACAAUGGACAGUGUGUUUUGCAUCAAAAGUAAUUUUUGGGCACCAUAUACUUAUCCUAGCUCAGGCUAGAAAAUGAUUCGUUAAAUCAUGUAGAAGAACGGAUAAUAUUUUUAUCUCCAAUUACAAGUAUACAUACAAAUCCUGCUAUUAUAAACUAUAAAUAUUCAUAAUAUAUGGUAGGUAAGUAUAGCUGCAUUAACUGAUGUGCAAUAUCAUAAGUGAUUAUUAGCUUAUUAUAAAGUUGAAGCACGACUAAAUGCAACAAAAAAUUUGGAAAUCUUAAACUAAAAAUAACAUAAAAUUAGGAAAAAAAAUAAUAUCUAGAAUAACUAGAUAUGUAUAUAAAUCAGUAUUUUAUAAGACAUACAUUGUUAUUGUAUUGCCUAUGUACAUAUCGUGUAGUUGUAUGUGUAAAUAAUUGUUUUUCUCUACUAGCUUAGGACUGUGUCCUUUUUUUGGUAAGUGAUGUUAAAAAUCAAUUCCAUGUUAGGUAUUGUUUUGAUAAAUUUGUUGACUUGGUAUGCAGUGCGUACUAUUACCAAAGUUUUUUUGUUCUUUUUUUUUUCAAUUGUGGCUGUGCAGUUUGCAAAUAAAACCAGUGUCAAAUUAAGGAUAAUCCCAUCUUUCUCUUGAGUUUCAAUAAAGAUGUACUAUCCUAGACUGCAUCCCACUUAACACCAGUUGCGAUUGUGGUCAAAUACCUGCCUUGAUAAGCAUAAAAAUAACAUUUCAGAUAUCUCAUGCUGACUUCUUGAGAGAAUGUUAAGUGGAAUCGCAAUGGUUUUGUUUUAUUUGCCUGCACUUACGUUAACACAUGUUUAAUGGUUAUCCUAUAAUAUUACAUAUUAAGAGUCAGUUAUUUACUAUUAAAUAUAACAAAACUGCUCAACAUAACGCUUCACUAUCCUGUCAAGAAGCCUCAAUUGAACCAAAGCUAUAUUAUUAUUAUAAUAGUUAAAUUAAUAUAAUAAAAAGCCACGAAUCCAAGACUAAUACAUUCCCAACAUAGUCGAUUGAUAGUUAUUUGUUAUUUUUUUAUUUGCAUGCUUUUUAUGCAAAAUGUAAAUUUUGUUUACUGAAAAAAUAUGUAACAAAACAUUUGUUAAAUAUUUUGGUGCCAUUAUUAUAUUGGUGCCACAAUUUUAACAUUCGUUCGUUUCAGCCAAAUGACGUCCUCUGCUGGACAAAGGCCUCCCCCAAAACUUUUAAAUUAUGGCACCAAUUCUGCAAUUUGAAAAUUACUUUUGAUCAAUCUAGCUGUUAGAUACGAGGGGUAGUUGAGUAGUAAUUAUGUGCGUGCCUUAAGUGAAGGUAUUUAGUAUAAUGCAUUAGCACUAAGAUUUAAUGUUAAAACGACAUGUUAUUACUGAAUUAUGCCUUAUCAGUGGAAUGUCAUGAUUAACAAAGUAGAUGUUUUCUCCUUCUGUAAUCUAAAAAAAUUGGUUGAUCUCAAAGUAAUUAAAAUUAACCUUGUUUAGGACUAAAUUAACUCGCAAACAAUCUUCUUCUAACUUCUAGAAUAUACAUAAAAGAAAAUAAUUAACUAUCGUAACCACAUUAUGCACUAAACUAUUAUUCCAUUGUUAUAUUAACUUUAGUUGUCCUGUUUAAAUUCUUUAUCUUUCAUAUAUUUAGAUAUGAUAACUGAGCGAAUAGUAUAAUUGUUAAGCAUAUGAUAUAUGUGCGUGAUCUGAGAUCCUUUUAUGGAUUUUGCUGAAUUAGAUUAAGAAGUGUAUGUAAUACGACUGUAUCAAAUGUAUGAAACUAUUAUGAUAGUAUAUGGCCAUUGGUGGCUAUCACUAGAUUUAGUGAAGCAAUAAAGUGUAAGAAGAGGCAAAGUAUCAAAGUACUAAAACACCUAAACCUGCGCUAGGAAUAUUACUAAAAGUUAUGUAUUUAUAGAUUAUUUAAAUACAAUUAUCCAAAAUCACAAAAUUUUUAAUGGCCUGAUUCCCUUGCAAAAUCCAAUUUGUUUGUUCUAUAUGAAACUUGUGACAAUAGUUAAUUAACUAUGUUGUUAGCAAUUGCCAAGAAAAGCAAAAAUAUAAAUUAAAGAGAAUGCAUUAAGCACAACCUUACGUCAUAAUUUAUUUAUUUAAAAAGCUCACCAACACAUUUGCACUAAACUAGAUAUGAUCAACAAUAACAUUUGGUUUCAUGCUAAGUGUAAGCUUAAUUAUAGGUGACAACAACAAUACACAAAAUAUACAAAUAGAGACAUAAAACAUAAUUACACCUAAAGUCCGGUCGCCGAGCAGAGAAUUUCGUUCAAUGACCCCAAGCCACCUUAUCGCUCGCAUGUAACUAUAUUGCUGUUGCUCUCGCACACUCACGCGGGAGCGGGACAGCAACAUAAUUACGCGUGAGCGAUAAGGAUGGGUAGUUUGGGGUCAUUGUUCGAAAUUCUAUCUGCUCGGUGACCGGACUUUAUGCUAUUAGUUAUGGAUAUUAGUUAUGAUGUGAGGCCCUGCGCUAAUACUACUCGGAUACCUUUGGAUAAUUUUAUUAUAAUCAUGAGGCAUUUAUAAAUGCAUAGUAGACCAACUUUGAAACUGAAUAUAUCACAGAAAUUGUGUUAUUACAUUGUUCAGUGUUUCGUAGGAAAUUGUAUAUAAAGAGUUGUCCGUUCAUUUAUUAGUCUUAAUUUUAUAAUGUUAAUGGUUAUCCUCAUUCUAAUUAGUGGUUAAAAUUUGCAUACAAUUGUAUAUUUAAAAAAAACAAAAGCUAUAUUUUUGAAAAUUGAAAUGAAUAGAAGUUAAGUAAAUAUACCUAAACUAUUGAGACGGUAGGACCGCGUGAAGAAAUGAUGGUGUGAUGAUUUUUUUUGGUUAAUGAAUAUUAUGUAGUUUCAUUAAAAUUAAAAUCUUAGAAAUGCUUAAACCAUGUCUAUUUUUGCUAACGAAGGGCUUUUAUGGAAAUACAUAGUACUAUGUAGUAAUGAGCAUUUUCUUUGUUGCGAGGUUCAACUACCCAAUAGUCAAAGUUCUGAUUCAGACUAGCUAGCUUUUUUCUUUUUUUCUGGUUAUUUUUUAGAACAGGAUUAAGUUAUCUAAUUAAGAAAUGUUAAUUGCUUUAUGUGAGUUCAUCAGUCACGUAAUUAAUUGAAACACAUUGAUUAACAAAUGUGUGCUGUCAAUGUGCAAUAAAGAGGCAGGUGUACUGAAAAGUCCGUUACGUUCAAAUGUUUUCAUUUUUUGUUCAUAAUUGGGAGUCAUCCCUGCAUAGACAAUAUUUAUCGCGAAGAUUAUAGAAGAAGCGGAUCGCUCUCCCAUCACGGCAUAGAUAAAAAAGACAAAAUAAAACUAUCUAUAGAGUCCGUGCAAUGAAAGUAGCGCAUAUCCGAGCGGUAGCGCAGGAACCCGCUGGCGGGUAGAUAAUUAAUUUCUACAUCGGGCUCCUAGCCUACCGUGCAGAAUAUCAAAAUGCAUAAAAAUUAAUAAAUUACGUCAAGGAAACUACCAUUGCCCUGCUAAGACUAAUUUGAUUAUCACUUGAAAUAAGUGAAAUUUUCUGUUCAUAAUCGCCACGAAAAUUGAGCUUCUGUAGAAAUAAUGUUUAGGUUAUUCAUAAAUAAAUUGUUAUUAUGUAAAUUGUAAAUACCACUCCAUAACUUUUUAUCUCAAAUGUGCAAGUGACACGAUCUUUUAGGGCGUGUGUUGAGUUGACGAGCCGGUUUCUUUCUACCCAGUCGGGUAAGUCGCGGUCCGGCUCGAUGCCUUGGCCAGUAACCGGCUCGUCGACACACGCCCUUACUAACACAUUGAGACCAAAAAGUUAAGGAGAUAGUAAUGGCCCUUGAGUCACCCCGUUCGUUCUAUGAACAUCAUUCAUGCCUUAGGAAAUAAAUUACAUUUUCCAUACAUUGUAUG